AUGCCGCCUGGCAAAGGGCAGAUGACCCCGCUGCUGACUGCCCCGAAGAUCUCCGCGCCCACCCCGCAGGGCACCCAUGGCCCCUCCGCAGGGGACUGCCCUCAGCCCUCGGAGGGUCCCAGCUCGCCGCAGGGUCGCAGCAAGAAGAAGAGCCGUAAGCACCAAAGGUUCAUGGAGCGCCGAGCACUGCUGGAGCAGAAGGGGCUGCUGAGCCCCCGCAGGCGCCUGGGCAGCCAGGCCCCCGUGGUGGGGCUGGAGGCAUGCAGCACGCUCACCAAGGAGGAUGGCACCCCGCCACCGCGCUGCAGGAAGGUUCCCAAGCCCAAAAAGGUCAUCUCCCCAUUCCUGUCCCCCUCCGCCUCUCCGGACAGCAUAGCCAGGCACCACUCCGUGCUGCUGUCGCAGGGGAAUGGCAGCUCCAAGGGGGUGCGGAUGGCCUCCCCAGUCCUGCGGCCAGGCAAGUACGUGGCCAUCGAUUGCGAGAUGGUGGGCACUGGUCCUCAGGGCAGGCUGAGCGAGCUGGCACGGUGCUCCGUGGUGAACUACGAGGGGGAUGUAAUUUACGACAAGUACGUCCAGCCCGAGCUCCCUAUCGUGGACUACCGGACACGCUGGAGCGGCAUCACCAAGCAGCACAUGAAGAGCGCGAUUCCUUUCAAGGCUGCCCAGGCGGAGAUCCUGAAGAUCUUGAAAGACAAGAUUGUAGUAGGACACGCCAUCCACAAUGACUUCCAAGCCCUGAAGUACAUCCACCCGAAAGACAGGACCCGAGACACCAGCCAAAUUCCAAAGGCAGGGCUGCCCAGCAGGGCCAGCGUCUCGCUCAAGAGCUUGGCUAGACACCUGCUCCAGAAAAAGAUCCAGGUUGGCCGCAAAGGGCACUCGUCGGUGGAGGAUGCUCAGACAGCCAUGGAGCUGUACAGACUGGUGGAGGUGCAGUGGGAGACUGAGCUGGCCCGUAGCCUGCCCCUCCGGCCCCCCAGUCCCAUCACAGAUCCCACUGCAGACAGCAGCCAGUACAUGGAUGACCAGUACUGGCCCACAGACCUGAUGGCAAGCAGCCUGUGA